CAACAAAGACAGGCAACCGACCGGCGCAGGGAUUUCUGAUGGAUCGAUCAGCUUCUUCUGCUUCAACAGUCUUCCUUUCCCAUCCCUCCCUUCUUCAUUAUACCUAUUGUCCUCCCUCUAAUUAGACGCGUGCCCCUCAACUUGCUUCAAACGUCCGCGCCGAAAGUACCCCACGACCGCUACAGGCUACCUCAGUGACAGUCCAGUCCCUGACCCAUCCACCCCCAUCAUCCAUCAUUACGUAUUGCCCAGCGUCCAGUCCCAAACCCGCUCAACCGACCUAGAGCAUCACGAUCUUUCUCUUGCCUUGCCUCUUGUUCGCCGUCUCGCUUCUUUCCGCUCCUUAAUCCCCUGGCAUUUGUUACACGACACACGACAGCCACCUAUUUUGCCACGGCCAAACGACACAGAAACUCGGCUUGCGCCAACAAGCCCCCCUCCGCUGUCACUCCAGCCUACGUUGCGACGCCGACGAUCCGGGCGCGCAACACGACAAGAUGCAAUAUGUUCGCAACUUGAGCGAUUCCGUGUCGACUGCAUGGAAUUCCAUCAAUCCCGCUACCUUGAGUGGCGCUAUUGAUGUGAUCGUCGUACAACAGCAGGAUGGCUCCCUCGCCUGCUCGCCUUUCCACGUACGGUUCGGCAAGUUCUCCCUCUUGCGUCCGUAUGAGAAGAAGGUCGAGUUCAAGGUCAAUGGGGUCAAGCAGCCGUACUCCAUGAAACUUGGCGAAGGUGGCGAGGCCUUCUUCGUCUUUGAGACGACCGAAAACGUACCACAAUCCAUGCAAACCUCGCCUUUGGUGUCACCAGCAAGCAGUCCACCGUUGGAUGCGCAAUCCACUACACCUGACCUCAAAGAGCCUGAUCACUUUGAGCUCAAUGCCGCGCCAAAUGGACGACCUGCAAGGCCGCCACCUGCAGUGCUGCACACGCAUGCCAGCGUCGAUGAAGCAAUGUUCACCCCGGAAUCGACGUCUCCAAACAUGUCAGCUGGACGGCCGGCCUCGGGCGACUGGUCAGGCGCCCUGAUGCGACCGCAUAGCGACGAUGUGCUACGAUAUUCCGCUCGCUCUGCCGAGAAGAAGGACGAGGACCAAAUCACCGACGACGACCACGCUGGGCCACUCUCCGAGCGUUCGCAAAGCCCUCCUCCCCUUGAACUCAACGAGGCAAUCGAGCGUGCCAUGAUCCUGUCCAAGAAAUUGUCAACUGUUGGGAUCCCCAGCAAAGUCAACGACACGGGCGAUCUCACGCUCGACUUGACGGGGUUCAAAGGGAGCGAGGAGGAGAUGAUUCGCGCCGAGGUGCUAGCGCGCAAGAUUCUGGCAGAGGAGCUCGAGGGCAACUACGAUAUUGGGGCGUUGUUUGGUUUCGACUCCGAGGGAAACCUCGUCAUCUACAGCAGCGAGGAAGCCCGCCAGGCUGCUAUGAAGCGGACGAUGGAGUCCACGAUGCAGGGCCACGGCCUGAACUCGGAUGCCGCAUCCGACCCAGGAUACCAGAGCGACGACAGCGACGUCACAAACCCACCGACCGCGAAUAGACAGAGACGAGCAGAGUCGGACGCAGGGCCGUUCGACAUGCAGACGCCGCCCAGGACGCCGACCGGCACCAAUCGAGGGGGCGACCCGACCCGCAACUACGCAAAGACCCUUCGAUUGACCAGCGAGCAGCUCAAGGACCUGAAGCUGAAGCCCGGUCCCAACAGCAUGAGCUUCACGGUCAACAGAGCGACGUGCUCAGCCAACAUGUACCUGUGGCGGCACGAAGUCCCCGUUGUCAUCUCCGACAUUGACGGUACGAUCACAAAGUCCGAUGCCCUCGGCCAUGUGCUCAACAUGAUUGGGCGUGACUGGACGCACGCUGGCAUUGCCAAGCUGUACAGCGACAUUGCCGCCAACGGCUACAACAUUAUGUACCUGACCAGUCGAUCCGUCGGCCAAGCGGACACCACACGGACCUAUCUGGCCAACAUUGUGCAAGACGGCAGCCGUCUACCCGCGGGACCGACUAUCUUGUCUCCCGAUCGUACCAUGGCAGCCCUGCGCCGCGAGGUCUAUCUGCGCCAACCCCAAGUCUUCAAAAUGGCCACUCUUCGAGACAUCAGCAACCUCUAUAAUUCGGAGCGGAGUCCCUUUUACGCUGGCUUUGGCAACCGACUCACGGACCAGAUCUCCUACCGCACUGUCGAUGUGCCUCGGAACCGCAUCUUUACCAUCAACUCCAACUCUGAGGUGUCCUUGGACCUCCUCACUCUGAAUAAGCUGAAGAUGAGCUACGUCAACAUCAACGAGGUCGUUGACCACUAUUUCCCGCCGAUCAGUACGCUAGUCACAGGCGGCGGGGAGGAGUUCACCGACUUCAUGUACUGGCGUGACGACCCCCUUCCGCUGGAUGAUUUCUCGGCCAGCGAAAGUGACGAGGGAGAAGACGAGGAGGCCAGCGUAUAUGCUGAGGAUGACGAGGAUGAGGAAGCCGGGGAGUAUCUCGGCGAUAGCUACAUUUCCCGCGAAUCAUUUGAUGACGCCCGCGAUCAACCUCGCGCGUCCAUCGAGAGCCGUCUGGAUGAGGAGUAUGAAGAAGCCAACGAAGACGACGAGCAUCUCGCCUACACCAACAAGGACUACGAUGACGACGAGCACCUCGCCUACGCGUCGGAAGACGAUACCCAGGUCAUGGAGCCCUCUGCGCCACAGCGGAAGAAGCUCGGUGCCGAGGACGUCAACGCCGAGAUUAUAACCGGGGGCACCAAUGGCACGCCUGCUGUGGAUGAGCAGUACGUGCUCGAACCUGUCGAGAUACGAAGCGAAUGAGGAAAAAGGAAAGACAAAGAAGAAGAAUCUGCAUAAUAGAGCGGCGUUUCGUGGGGACUGGACACAUAUAAAUGGCAUAUUUUCAGCGCGGGGACAAGACACAUUGGCCCCCAAAAGCAUGGCGUAGGGGGAAAAUUCGAGGGAUCAUAGCAAAGCAAUGUACACAACACUUGA